UGGCUAUAUACCUUCUAGGGUUUUUUAAGAUAGCAGAAGAUUGAUCGAACAUGUGGACAAAUCCCUAGAGACACACAACAAAACUAUCUUUGUCCAUGGAAUAUAGUCAAAUGACAUAUAACCAAUAAAUUUCUCCCUCCUCAGCCCAUACCAUGAAAUCAAGCAAGUUUCAUGAUUGAUUCCGUGCUGAGAAAAAUUGACACGCCUUUCAAGGUUAAGGAUUCCUUGUUGAACACAAUUUCUGGGUUUACAUAAAGGGAUAAACUUGCUUUCAACCUCACAGAAAGUGAAAAUUCUCCAUUCUGGUUUGGAAUUUUUCAAAACUCGGCUCAUUUCUGAGUACCCUUUUGAGCAAAGUUUGUAAAUUGGUGAAAAGGAAAUUCUGGGCACCAAUCGAAGGAUGAGCGUUGAGGAAGAUGAUGACCCAGAAAGGAGGAGAUUGAUGAUACAAUCGUGUUCUUCUUCUCGGUUCAGCAACUUCCACCGCGAUCUCAUGGCGGGGGCGAUCAUGGGUGGGGUGGUGCACACCAUUGUAGCCCCAAUUGAGAGGGCCAAGCUCUUGUUGCAGACGCAGGAAAGCAAUUUGGCUAUUGUUGCCAGUGGCCGUCGCAAAUUCAAGGGCAUGUUGGAUUGCAUAUUCCGCACUGUUAGGGAAGAAGGGGUUGUCUCUUUGUGGCGUGGCAAUGGUAGCAGUGUUCUUCGUUAUUAUCCUUCUGUUGCACUCAACUUCUCUCUCAAGGAUCUUUACAAAAGCAUGUUAAGAGGAAAUUCUUAUGAUGACAAUCUUUUCUCUGGUGCAUCUGCUAACUUUGUUGCUGGGGCUGCAGCAGGUUGUACAUCACUUGUCUUAGUAUACCCUCUUGACAUUGCACACACCCGCCUUGCUGCUGACAUUGGAAGAACAGAAGUGCGUCAAUUUCGAGGCAUUCACCAUUUCUUAGUCACCAUAUUCCAUAAGGAUGGGAUUCGGGGGAUUUACAGGGGUCUCCCUGCAUCUCUACAUGGAAUGGUGGUCCACAGAGGCCUUUAUUUUGGAGGCUUUGACACCAUCAAAGAGAUGCUAACUGAAGAAUCAGAACCUGAGGUGGCCUUGUGGAAGCGUUGGUUGGUAGCUCAGGCAGUCACAACCUCUGCUGGUUUGAUAUCUUAUCCAUUAGACACGGUUCGCCGGAGGAUGAUGAUGCAGUCCGGCAUGGAAAAGCCAGUGUACAAAAGCACCAUCGACUGCUGGAAGAAGAUCUAUAGGACUGAAGGUUUGGCUUCAUUUUACCGUGGGACUGUUUCAAAUGUGUUUAGGAGCACUGGUGCUGCAGCUAUCUUAGUUUUGUAUGACGAGGUUAAGAAAUUCAUGAACUGGGGGAGAUUGUAACAACAGCACUAACUUAGCUAUGUUCAUUGAUCUUGCUUUGAUACCGGGGUUUCAUUAUACAUUUUGAGGCUUAGGAUAAUUUUGUAAAGCACAAAUGAGCUCCAUUACAGUUUGUUUGUGGACAUUUCUCUCACUCCUCUUUCUUUCUCUUCUGAGUUUGCUCAAACUCAGUGUAAAUGGAUAGAAAACUAUUUGUAUACACCACAGUAUGAUGAGAGAGUAAGGAAAGGAAGAGAGAAGUAAAAGACAUGAUAGAUUAUGUUUGAUAUGAUAGGAAGAGAGCAAAAGAGAGAAAAACAAAGUGUAUGAAAUAUAGAGUUAAUGUCUAACAAGCAGAAUUGUAAGUGAAUAUUGUUAAAAUAGA